AUGGCUUUGUUAUGUCGUCACGAUCGUGUUCUCUGGUUAGUGAACAUGACUUCCGCCGGGGAAAAGCAACAUUACGCGAUCGCCUUGAUCAUCGAGCUGUUCAAGAACUUACCCUCGGAUAUGGUGGUUGGUAUUCUAUACGACAUAGGGUGCCACAAGGGGGGUGCAGACCUGCAAUAUAAAACCGCGGGUUGA